AUGUUUUUGACGUUUAAUGGGCUGAAAAAGUCGGUUGAGAAGGACUCUCCAGAUGCCCAAAACACAGGUGUGAAUGGCUCAACAACUGAUGAAUCCAUAGUGCAAAACCUCGAUGCCAACGCUGAUAAGGCGACACGUUCGAGGAUAUUCAGAUUCACAACAAAGAAAAGUAGAAUGGGAUGUAUCACUUGUAAGAUACGGAAAAAGAGAUGUUCACAAGAGCGUCCAAUCUGUGCAGAUUGUCGUCGUUUGGGGAAGAACUGUGUCUGGGCUACAGAUGAAAUGACCAACGAGAAUGUCAAACAACUCCGUCGUAAGGUGGAGGAAGAGGAAAGACGGUCAAAACGGUUGAAAAGAUGCGACAAUGAGCGCAAGAAUCAGACCAACAAAACGUCUACAAGCCCUGUUGUUGUGGAUGAUGUUCAUAAUGACCGUGUGAUUCAGACUCAUCAAACAGACAUUCCAGUGGAGGGCGAUGACGAUGAUGACAAUGAACUAAGGACGCUAGAUACAGAAUCACAUGGCUCCUUUCAAACACCUGUGAGCACAAAUCUUGCUAACUUCCCGGCAAUCUCAGCCAACCACGUCACUUCUCCUAGAUUUGAUUCAUUGACAUCGAAAUCAUUGUCACCUUUUGAUAACUUCCAAGAGUUUCAACAGCUCUUUGAGAUGAACAUCCGUAACAACUAUUCGAACUCGCCGAAGCUGCAACUACUCGAGGAUGAGUAUGACGAUAGCAAUAAGAAGAACGACAAUGAUACCCAUAAAGAUAAUGAUAAUGAUGAAAAUGCGCUUGCGGAUGAGGAUGACGAUGAUGAUAAAGUUAAGACAGCUCCAGGUGCAAUGUCCAAUGAACAUCGUGUUGUUAAUACGCGAUCACCAAGUCCAUUCAACCUGGAGGCAUUUCUUUCCACACCAAACAUGGCAUUCGAAAUAACGAAUGUAUUCUCUAAUGUGCCGUCAGAGAUAACAUUAGACCCCAUAGGUGCCACUCUGUACGAUUACUACAGAAAUAAGCUCUCAAACAUUGUUUCAAUCGUACCUGCUGAGUCGAAUUACUACACAAAUGUUUUUCUUCCAAUGGCAAUGGUUAACAAAGGUGUUCUUUACUCGAUCAUGGCGUGGGCAGGAUACCACAUGGGUGGUGAUUUCGAAAGGGAAGGCACCAGAUACAUGGAUAAGGCACUAGAUUACAUUAAAGAGACCCCGAUUGGAUCUGACUCCGAUGCGUUACAACGACUGGCAAGCUUGCUGAUUAUGUGUGCAGCAGAGAUCUGUAAAGGAGACGUUACCAAGUGGCCAGUUUUCUUACAAUGGGCCUCUAAGAUAAUCAAAGAUCGAGGUGGUUUGUACAAGUUCAGACAGGAUAAAGAACAGCAUUGGUUGAUUUCAAGUUUUGCAUAUCAUGACAUUCUUGCAAGCUCUGCAAGCGAAAGAGGAACAUACUUCCCUGUUGAUGAUUAUGAUAAGUUUAUCGUCAACUGUGGGUUUGGUGUCGACCCUUUGCAAGGUAUUGUGAAACCAUUGUUUAACAUUAUUGGUGAGAUCUCUACAUUGGCUACUGAGGCAAAGCGUUUAUUGAAAAUAAGUUCAAACUCCCUAGGUGAUGGUAUCAUGCAUGAUGACGAUGAAGAUGACGACAAUUGCAACACUAACAAAGAUGAGGAAUCUCCAGAUAUUCCAGGUAUCGAUACUCCAGAUUCAGUGAACUCGGUUCAAGGCGAGAAGAUAUUCACCAAGUACUCUUCGCUUCUCCAGAUCAUGGAGAAAGCCAGUGCUCUUGAGAAUAAAAUCAAUAUCGUGAAACCAGACCCAUCAGAUUUGAGCGAAUUUAGCAACCAUGACCUUGAGCUACAAUUGACUCUGUUUGAACUAUUCCAAUUCACUGCUAAGCUUCACCUGAGACAAUCUGUUCUUCGGCUAAACCCAUCGUCGCUAGAGACGCAGUUCAUUCUGUGUGAACUUUUGAAAUGCCUAGAUAUUGUUCUGAGAUCACCUGUUGAAGCUUCUCUCUGUUUCCCAAUGUUCAUUGCAGGCAUGAACUGUACCACCAAGAAGGACCGUCGUAUGAUGCUUGAGAGAUUUAACGACAUCAUACAAAGAUAUAGCUUCAAGAACCUAGAAAGGGCAAAGACGAUCAUGGAACAGGUUUGGAUGAUCGAUCCUUCAGGCACCAAAUGUGUUGACUGGUACGAAAUUGUCAAGAGACUAGGCUGGGACUUGAGCUUUGCCUAA